GGUUUAUCGGCCGGUGAAUAAAACGUCAUCAAAGAGCGCCGAAGCUCUGGGGAAGCGGAUUUCUUAGAAACGAUUGUGAGAGGAUCGAAUCGGCCUUGGGAUGUCUCUGGCUGAUGAGCUCUUGGCUGACCUCGAGGAGGCAGCAGAAGAAGAGGAAGGAGGAAGCUAUGGAGAAGAGGAGGAGGAACCAGCAAUUGAGGAUGUACAGGAGGAGACACAGCUGGAUCUUUCUGGAGAUUCUGUCAAGAGCAUUGCCAAGCUAUGGGAUAGCAAGAUGUUUGCUGAGAUCAUGAUGAAGAUUGAGGAGUAUAUCAGCAAGCAAGCCAAAGCCUCUGAAGUGAUGGGACCAGUGGAGGCAGCCCCUGAGUACCGAGUCAUUGUGGAUGCCAACAACCUGACUGUGGAGAUAGAAAACGAGCUGAACAUCAUCCACAAGUUCAUCCGGGACAAAUACUCGAAGAGGUUCCCUGAGCUAGAAUCCUUGGUGCCCACCGCCCUGGAUUACAUCCGUACAGUCAAGGAGCUGGGCAACAGCCUGGAUAAGUGCAAGAACAAUGAGAACCUCCAACAGAUCCUGACCAAUGCCACCAUUAUGGUGGUUAGCGUCACCGCCUCUACCACCCAGGGCCAGCAGCUGUCGGAUGAGGAGCUAGAGCGGCUAGAGGAGGCCUGUGACAUGGCACUGGAGCUGAAUGCCUCCAAGCACCGCAUCUAUGAGUAUGUGGAGUCCCGGAUGUCCUUCAUCGCACCCAACCUGUCCAUCAUCAUUGGAGCAUCCACGGCUGCCAAGAUCAUGGGUGUGGCUGGAGGGCUGACCAACCUCUCUAAGAUGCCUGCCUGCAACAUCAUGCUGCUUGGAGCCCAGCGCAAGACACUAUCUGGCUUCUCUUCUACCUCAGUGCUGCCUCAUACUGGCUAUAUCUACCACAGUGACAUUGUGCAGUCUCUGCCCCCAGACCUCCGGCGGAAGGCAGCCCGCCUGGUGGCCGCCAAGUGUACACUGGCAGCUCGUGUGGACAGCUUCCAUGAGAGCACAGAAGGGAAGGUGGGCUACGAACUGAAGGAUGAGAUUGAGCGCAAGUUUGACAAGUGGCAGGAGCCACCACCUGUGAAGCAGGUGAAGCCCCUGCCUGCACCCCUGGAUGGGCAGCGCAAGAAGCGAGGGGGCCGAAGGUACCGCAAGAUGAAGGAACGGCUAGGACUGACGGAGAUCCGGAAGCAGGCCAACCGCAUGAGCUUUGGAGAGAUUGAGGAGGACGCCUAUCAAGAGGACCUGGGCUUUAGCCUGGGACACUUGGGCAAGUCAGGCAGUGGGCGUGUGCGGCAGACACAGGUGAAUGAGGCCACGAAGGCCAGGAUCUCCAAGACACUGCAGCGGACCUUACAGAAACAGAGUGUGGUGUAUGGUGGAAAGUCAACAAUUCGGGACCGCUCCUCAGGGACUGCUUCCAGUGUGGCCUUCACUCCACUCCAGGGUCUAGAGAUUGUGAACCCACAAGCCGCUGAGAAGAAGGUGGCAGAGGCCAGCCAGAAGUAUUUCUCUAGCAUGGCCGAGUUCCUCAAGGUCAAAGGUGAGAAAAGUGGCACCAUGUCUACCUGAAGGGGCCCGCACCCCAGUCACCAUCCACUGAAAGGACAUAAAGGACUGGAGCUUGCACAGUGACACAUAUCCAGCCGGGAAGCUGUGGUGUGGUGCAGGAAGCCUUCCAAGGCCAUAGCAUCCAAGGAAAAGGAUGAAGAAGCGUAGCCUUCCUCCCCAGCACCCAUGCUGCUGCUGCCCCCGAGUGGCAGGGAGGUCGUCCUCACUCUCAGUGUGCUUACUCACAAGGGAAGGCAGUGCUUUUAUAGAGCGAGUACAAUUAAAUGCGCACCGUUGGGCUCUGAA